CAACUCACAAGGUCAUCCCGGGGGUCGGUUUUAUAUUGUUACUCAUAUUUGUAAAUAAAAUCUCUAGUCCCCAUACUUUUGCAAACUACUAGGAAUUCAUGGUAAAACAUUACUGACUUGUAAUCACCACAUUUGCCCGAACAGGGAACACUAUGUGUUACAUGUCUACCAAAUGUUAGUGUCUUAAGACACUAACACAAAGGUGAAGGCAUAAGAAGCCAAACCCAUUGAAAAUAGAUUCAGAUAUUUGGAAGCCGUAUGUUCUACAUACCGUUUGGCUACGCUUUACAUGCUUACACGUCUUCGAAGUCCCUACAUUAUUUCAUAACUGUAUUAUUUGCCACAAAUGAUCACUUCAAAUAUUUUCCACACAGUAGUGUCGUUAACAUUGUAAUUGGGAUAUUUGACCGUUUCUGAUUUUUUUUUGGAAUCAAUAUUUUACUUCAUUUUUGUUUUGUUCAAUUCCGGUGGAUUUGGUGUUAAUUCGCUAGAAAUGCAAUAUACAUCAAAGCAUCGAAUGAAAUCAGUCCAAUAAAAUAAGUCGGUUCAUUAACUUUGGAAUUUGGCUGUCAGCCAGUCUAGAUUACCAAGUUUUAAUCUACACAAUGGUCGUAUUGUACAGAUAUGGAGUUUGAAUAACAUCGCCUUAAGUUUCGUUUUGACGACUUUUAAGGUGUAACAAAUUGAAUCAUGAAAAUUUGUGCCGGUGUUCUAGGUUUACACUGUGACCAUUAUUGUCCUUACCCAUUUGUGUUUGAUUUCAAUUGUUUUUAGAUGACUUCAUUGUAUGCUAAAAAGAUGACAAUGCUUGCUGGACGAAUAUUCAGAGAUGUUGGCAAACAAGUUGAUAGCAAAUCAAUGAAAGUUGUUCGAAUAAUGAGUGAAUUACCUCGCCCAAUGAUCUUAAAAGAUUAUUAUCCUCCAUUAGAAGAAUAUAGUAAUAUUUUACAAAAACUACGCUAUCUGGGUUUGUUUAGAAAUGAACAUGCAGAUUUUCGUGAAGAAAUGGCACGUCUACGUCAAUUGCGUGGCAAAGGGAAACGGAAGAAGGGUGAAAGUAAACGAGGACUAUCACAAUAGUGACAUUAUUUACUUUGUUAUUUGUUUUCCUAAAAAAAUAUUUUGUAUAUAUUUACUAGCAGUUUGUAAACAGUAUC